AUGAUCGUAUUCUUCUUACUCGGUAUUUCUGAGAGCAUUUUGACUCACAGAAAUGGUCCUUUUCCAGCAGCCAAGAUGCAUCCAGGACACAAAAUUAUUUUUAAUAGUCCUUUUCCAGCAACCAAGCUGCAAUCAAGAUACAAUAAUAUUUUGAAAGAACGAAUUAAUCUGACUGGACCUCCAGUUGUCAAAAUCGAUUAUUUGGCUGCCAUAAG